AUGGCGAGCAUGGAUUGUGCGGGGAAGGAGGGCACGGGGGGCAAGAGGAGGAAUUUGGCCCUGCUGAGGAACAAGCUGUACAUGGGGGAGAGGAGGAGGACGGAGCCUGUGGUGGAGAGCACGGCCGGGGACCACGGCACCUUGAGGAGGAGUCAGUCGGACAGGACAGAGUACAGCCAGAAAUUACAAGAAAAAAUGGCCCCGCAGGCGGGGUCCCCACCCCCUGCCACUUCACCGCAGGAGGACGAAGAGCAAGUUAGCAGACGCAUGAUGGCCAAGAGGGUGAAAAUCAUCGCAGAACUCAUGCAGACGGAGAAAGACUAUAUCAGCGACCUGGAUCUCUGCAUCAAGGAAGUGAUUCAGCCCCUGAGAAACAAGCAGAUUGCUCGCUUUGACGUGGAUGGCUUGUUUAGCAACAUUGAAUUGGUCCAUCAAGUAUCAGCCAAACUGCUGUCAUUGUUGGAAGAAGCCACGACAGAUGUGGAACCACCCAUGCAAAUAAUCGGGGAAGUGUUCUUGCAGAUUAAAGGCCCACUAGAAGACACAUAUAAAAUCUACUGCUAUCGCCACGAUGAUGCACACACUAUGCUGGAAUCUUAUGAAAAGGAUGAAGAACUGAAGCAGCAUUUAAGACACUGUGUACAGUCCUUAAAAAAGAUAUAUGAGGAAGAAGGAAAGUCAAAUCUAAUGGACAUGGGAUCCCUGAUGAUCAAACCAGUGCAACGGGUGAUGAAAUAUCCCUUGUUACUCUGUGAACUCUUGAAUUCAACUCCUGCUUCUCACCCUGACCACAAGGCGCUACAAGAUGCCCUUUCUGCUAUGAAAAACAUUAAUGUGAACAUCAAUGAACUUAAAAGGAGGAAAGAUUUAGUGCUGAAGUAUAAGAGGAAUGAUGAUGAUGAAACCCUUAAAGAAAAGUUUUCCCGACUGAAUAUCCACUCGAUUAGCAAGAAAUCCAAGAGGGUCACCAGCCAUCUGAAAAUACUGACGGGGGGAGAACCUCAGGUGAAAGAUCAAACUUUUAACAGGGAAGAAAAGUUGUUUCGAAGUUUAGAGAAGACUGUGAAAUUGUGCCUGAAGAACAUUUCACUCUCCUUGCACCAUCUACAGGAUUCUAUACAUCUGGCUGCACAGAAUAUAACUGGGCUUCAGGAAAUCUUGCGAGACAAAGAUGACGAAGUCAAGAACUGUUUGAAAGAACAGAACAACACUGCAAAUCUCUGUGAAGACCUUAUGGCUCAGCUGGACAAGCUUGUUUUGACUCCUCUCUCAGCACUCCAAGCCUUGUUUUCAGGCCCACAGAAGCUCAUCCAGAAGCGCUAUGACAAGUUGUUGGACUACAACAGCUACCUUCAGAGGUCAACAGGAGAAGAGCUGGACCUGGCAAAGAAAGACUAUGAAGCUCUAAAUGCACAGCUAGUGGAAGAACUUCAGGUAUUCAACAGAGCAGCCAAAAAGAUUGUGUUGAACUGCCUGCAUUGCUUCAUCACCCUCCUCAGGAACAUAACGUCUGCAGCGCUUCAAUCAAAUUCUGCUGUGGUGGUGCCUGUUCCACUGUCUUCCUCAAGCAUCUGUGAAGUGCAAAAUCAGUUGAUGGAGGAGGUUCACAAGCUGCAUUUUGUAAAAGAAAACAGCAGUGCAACCUUUAUCGAGAGAAAAUUGAGCUUGGAAAAAAAGAAACCUGUCCCUUCUCUGAUCGAAUCCCCACGUCAAACAGAAAGCCACAGGUCCAAGCUGCUGUCUACCUACAGCACAGAAUUGCUAUACCAAGCUAAGCGCAAGUGCAACGCCACGCAGGAAUUUGAUAUUGAUUUACAUGAAGGAGAACUGGUGGCUGCUGUGGAGCAAAAGGACCCCUUCGGAAGUACGAGCAGAUGGCUUGUUGACACAGGAAUCCUUAAAGGGUAUGUGUAUUCCUCCUUCCUGAGGCCUUACAAUCCAGCCAAAGCGCAGAAGGAUGUGGCAGAAAACAGCUUUGGUGAUGAUGAUUUUGAUAAUAUCAGCCUCUUUGUCUCUUCACGGCCCUCCACUGACAGCAGCACAAGUCUGGGGCACAAGAAGAGUGACAGCAGCUCAUCUCUUCACUUCUGCAAAAAUCCCACAAUUAAUGGCACAGGGACUGAUGCUUUUCAGGAUAUGGAUGAUCACCAGACCUUCUAUGCUGUUUAUGCAUUUCAAGCAAGAAAUGAUCAGGAACUCAGUCUUCAGGAGUACCAGAAGGUUAGGAUACUUCGGUUUUCUGACUUGAGCGGCAAUAAAGAAUGGUGGCUAGCAGAAGCAAAAGGUCAGAAAGGAUAUGUACCAUCCAAUUAUCUUGGGAAGAUGACAUACGCUUAG